UACUAGCUGUAUCCGGUGUUAGUCAUGCACAGUGGUUAUAUACUUACGGCCCACUGACAUUUUCUUCAGUACACACGGUUUAAACGUGUAGAAAGUUGCCAUUGUCGUGACUCGGUGUAGCAGGAUACGUUUAAUUGUGUUGUGUAAAAAGGUAACUCACUUUUCGAAAGGUUCAUUUUUGUAAUUGAAGCCUAUUAAACGGGUGGAUACUGAACAGGCUUCCUGGUGUGGAUGUGAUAUUUUGAGUUGUAUAGAGUCGUGUUUUCGGACUAUAAUAUUAGAAGAAACGCUGUUUACGAGAUACCGAAUCCUUGCACCAAACACUAACAUGCGAACAAAAACUCGAUAUGUAUUCCUGAUAACAAUAGCGAUUCUGCUAUUUCUAAUCACAUGUUCGGAAGUUUGGAACAACAGUAUAGACGAUGAAGUAUCAGAGCGUACCGCAUUAAAUACAAGACAAGAAACUAGUUCAGAGGAAGAAAACAAACCAGCAGCUGCUUCAAAGAACUCUGGACCUGUUCCCGUCCUCAUAGUAAGCUACAUGAGGAGCGGAUCUACAUUCACGGCGGACGUCAUAACGAGUUAUCCCUCAUCGUACUAUUUAUUUGAACCAAUGAAGGUGACAGUGGAGAAAUUGGCGAAAAACUCUACGAUCGAAUUAAUAAAUGGCACAAGGAUAUCAAGAUACAAUGCAAACGCACUAGCUGCCGAUUUUUUACAAAGUUGGCUAACCUGUAAGUUUGACGGGCAAGACAAAGAAGCUGUAGUCAAACUGAUCGGCACUCGUUCUACAACACCAUUCAAGAUCUGUUUGAGAAAAGGCAAAAGUAACAAGAACGAAACAGUAUUACAGACUUGUCUGAAAAUCCUACAGAAACAAUGUGAAUCGAGUAAAAUACGUCUUGUCAAGGAAAUCCGUGUAGGAAUGAGAACUACUAUUGCAAUUCUGCUAAAAAAAGUUCCCGGUUUGAAGGUGGUUCACUUGUUACGUGACCAAAGGCCGAGACUUCUUUCAGCGGAAAAGACUCCACUGAUGCUCCACCUAACCUUACAAAAAACGGCAAAAAUGGAAUGUGCUGACGCCUCUGAUAACCUUGCUGUGCAGAAAGAGUUGCAGCAACAAUAUCCCGGCCAGUUAGAAACCCUUUUAUAUGAAAGAUUAGCAGAAAACCCUAUUCUGAUUUCAAAACGAAUAUUUGAUUUUCUUCAUUUGCCAUUUACAGCAAUGUCUAUUGAAAAAAUUCAAAGCAUGACUUCAUCAACGCAUGAAGUUCCAUGUCCUUUUUGUACCAGUAAAAAAGAUUCUGCAAAGACAGCACAUGCUUGGAGAACUAGAAAAUCCUCAAAUUUCGUGAAGAUUAAAAUGAUAGAAGAAGAGUGUGAGGAUAUUCAAACAAAUCUUGGCUAUAUACCGUUAAAGAAUAUGGACGAGUUGAGAAACGCUUCAUUUAACUUAAGAAUUAACAUUCCUUUAACUUCUGAUGUUUUAUAGAUGUAAGGCCCUGAUAUGGUGACACAUCAGUUACCAAAACUAAGUCCAAACAUUGGAAAAGGUGAAGGGCGAGUGCGCUAUCCACUGCGUCAUCCGAUCACCAAUUCACCUGGUUUUGACCGUAUUGUGCUACAUUUUAGUGCUAUUCUGCCACAUUAUAUACAAAUGCUUAAAGGAAGUUGAGCGAGUGUACCUGCCGAAGUAUUACACCCGCCUGUUAAGGUUCAACAAGCCUCCUUAAAGAUGAUGUAGUCCCCUAAAAUUUCAACAUCCAGAAAAGUCAUGUUCAAAGACCUCAAUUAAAAAUCAGAACUUAUUUUAUGUUAUUUGUAUAUAUUGAACUUGUACAUUGGUUAUACAAAAAAUACAUAGCCAGGCCAACGUAGUCAAAAAUAAGGCAAUUAGACUGAUGUCUUCAUAAAAAUAGCUCACCGUACUUAUAACAUGUAAAUCUCUUUUGCAACUAAGGGCCUCAUAAAUGACCCAUAAUUUAAAGUUUAUUUAUAUACCUAGGUCAUGCAGAGCUUUAUUUCUCUUCUACUAGCUGUUGAGAGGAAUUCCGACCUCAAAUAAAGAUAGAUAUUGCCAUGCGAAACUACUAAAAUCAUAGUAAAAUCACCUGGUAAUACAUUUUAGCAAUUUAUAAAUAAGAAAACAAAGGCUAAGUAACCUUGACCGAAGAUGAUGUGCCACUUUAUAACAUUAUGUGAUUAUAUGAACGCUAGACAUGUUAUAAACAUUGCAGCUGAAAAGUACAAUAAUGUUUAUAACAAGUCUAACUCUUUUAUAAACACAUUGAAUGUUAGGAAAGGACAUUUUAUAUGAAGUUUAAGUAGUGUUGAUGGUCAAAGGUCUGUGGUUUUACACAUAUAUACCGGUAAAAUAUGUUACGCGGACGUUUUACUAUGAUUUUGGUAUUUUCCCAUAGCAACAAUAAUCUUCUUAUGAGGGCGGUAUACCUCUCCACACAUAGUUAAAGAGAAAUAAAGCCCCUCAUGACCUAGGUAUAUAAAUGAUCUUCAAAUAACAUGUCAUUUUGUAACAUCCAGUUGGGUCGCUUAAGAGAUUGACAUGUUGUAAAUCUGGUGAGCAACCUUUAUCCUUACAUCAGCCUUAAGGACGUAUUUUGACUUCGUUAACCUGGUUAUGUACCAUUUUAAAAGCUAAUGUACAAGUUCAAUAUAUUUAAAUUACACACAUAUAUAUAUUCCGAUGUUUGAUAAGGGUAUUUCAAUAUGACUUGCCAGGCGGUUGAAUCUUUGGGUGACUAUUACAUCUUUUAAGGGGCUUGUUGAACCUUAACGAAAAAUGGUGAUCGGACAAUCCAGGAAAAGCCAUGAGAAAUACUGUGGAAUUGGUUUCAUCUCUUAUGGUUUUAAAAGGUUCCAUAACAACGGAAAUUACAGAUAGUAUAUGUGCAAACCUGAAUACUCAAAACAGCAAAAGGCAUAUAUGCUUUAUAUGUGCAUAAGCCUAAAGUGCUCCGACAAAGCACGCAUGCACUAAGACAAUUCGGUUCUGGCGGAAUGUCAAUGUAAAAACGCAACGUAAUACACAUUACACGUUCAUUUAAGACAUACAAUCCCAUUAACCUAGUAAAACAAAAAACCGGAAUAAAACAAUUAAAGCGAUUGGGCAGUUAUUCUGAAUACUCGGCCAAGUUCCGUAAUAAGACACGUGUAGACUGAAAAAACCCCACCUUGUUUUCACGAAUGAGCAGGUUUUGUACAAGAAACAUGAGUAAUCAUAAAUUUGUCAAAUAAUAGCGUCGACGGUGUAAAGUUUUCUGAAUAUCAAAUAAUUAUUCACUCUAUUGUUAUUAAAGACAACAUUAAAUGACGAUGGUGUCCACAGCUAAUGAACUUUUUGGAAAUACUAAGUGUGGCAUAUCUCCUAGUAACAUUGUUUUAACGAAAGGCUGACUUUAGGAGACCUGGAUGGAAGAAAAUGCAGGUCUGCUGUAUCGCAAUGCACUUAAAACAAUAACUAAUAAUGGACUUCUUUCAUGACUGAUCAUGACUCAAAUGUAUAAAUCGUGUAUAAGCAUUUAAUUUUACAGUUCAACCCUCUUAAGUAAGACGCACUCUGCUAAGACGAAAUUACAUAAAAUUCAUGGAUGAAUUCGUAUAUUAUAAUAUCUCAUUGACGGCUACGACAUAGGUACUGGCUGCAUCUGUCUGAACAUAUAUAAUGUAAACAGUUUAUAUUAUAGAUGUAUUGUCAGACAAGGCUAGUACCCGUGGCUAUUCAAAUACAGGGCUGUAACCAUGACAGACACUUAUUUUGCCCUAUACACUGUAAUGAUAUUGUUUGUGUAACAGAUUUUCUAAAAAUGUUUGUCUCAUGACAUGGUAAGUAAAACACAUUGAUAGAUGAUGAUCUUGUAGUUCUACACUGAACAUCAGACAUAUACGUAAAAUCAUGCAAAUU